AAAUCCAGGACUGUCCAGGACGAACUGGAACAGAUGAUCAUCCUAGUUAUAAAGGAUGAAAACAAUACUUUAAAGAUACGAUAAGAAAUAAAAAUAAAAAAUCAAGUUAUACGAUGAUUAAACGUAAUAAGUGAAUGUAUGAACAUAUUAAAAUUAACUUCUAUUAUGAUGAAGAUAAAAUAAUCGACUACAUCAUCGUUAGUAACAUUGUCAAAAAUAGAAGUUAAACAGAAAUAACGAACCAAUAAAUCAGCGGAAGUGGAGUUGUUGCGUCGGCGCAAUCUUUUCCCUCCAACUUUAAUGAUUUGUGAGAGGAAGAAAGGAAGUUCUUUUUAGUUCGGAUUAAAACGUUGUUCUUUAAACAAUGGGUUUAAAAGGUUGCUACGCCUGUAUAAAAUAUCUUGUUAUUAUUUUUAACCUUUUAUUCUGGUUGGCAGGAAUUGCAGUCCUUGCAGUAUCAAUAUGGUUAUAUGUUGACAGCUCACUUUAUAUUCAGAAUACUGCAGACAGUUAUACAUAUUUUACUGCAAUCUACAUAUUAAUGGGAGCAGGAGCUAUUAUGACUAUAGUUGGAUUUUUGGGUUGUUGUGGUGCUCUUCAAGAAAGUCCAUGUAUGUUGGGAACAUUUUUUGUAUUUCUUUUGGUCAUAUUUGCUGCAGAAGUAACAGGAGGACUUUGGGCUUGGAUUCAUAAAGAUGGUGUUAAAGAUUUGAUUACCAUACAAGUAACCAAUAUGGUUAAAAAUUAUAGCAUACAAGAAGAUUCCAUGAAACAGAAUACAUUGGUUAAGACAGUCGAUGCAAUGCAGCAUAAUCUUCAAUGUUGUGGUGCCAAUGCACCUGGAGAUUGGCACCAGUCUGCAUAUAAUAACAAAGGAGAAAAAGAUGUACGUGAUGUAGGAAUUGGUGGACAAGCUAGUGGUGAUUAUAAAGUUCCCAGUACCUGUUGCAAGCCAAAUGUUAACUGUGAAGAAGCAAGGAAUUUAAAGAAUUCUGGUGAAGACUUUGAGGGACUUUAUAGUGAGGGUUGUGUGCCUCAAUUAAAGAAAUAUUUGAAAGAUCAUCUCACCAUAAUAAUUGGAAUUGGUAUUGGAGUUGGAAUUGUCCAGAUAUUAGGUCUCAUCUUCUCUAUUGUUUUAUGCUGUGCCAUUCGCAAUGAAGAAGCAGAAGUAUUCAAGGCCUGAAUGCUGGAAAAGUUUCAAAAUUGUGCCAAAAAA